CCCCGGCCCGAUCGGGGGAGGCCGCUCUUGUGCAUCAGGGAGAUUGCGCGGGGAGCGGAUUAUCCCCGCGCUCUCCGCGGCCCCGGAACCAAUCCAGCUCCUGCGAGCAAGCACACGACGAAGGAGGCGCGUGCAGCCGGCGUCCCCGCCUGCCCGCCCGCCCCCUCCAGUCAUGGCUGCCGAGAGCCCCCUGGAAUCCCUGCAGAGGGAGAUCACCUGCUCCAUCUGCCUGAACUAUUUCAAGGAGCCGGUGUCCAUCGACUGCGGGCAUAACUUCUGCCAGUCGUGCAUCGCCCAGUGCUGGGGCAGCUCAGACGACGAGAACACCUCCUGCCCGCAGUGCCGCCGGUGGUCUCGCAAGAGGAGCUUCAGGCCCAACCGGGAGCUGGGCAACGUGGUGGAAGUGGCCAAGCGGCUCCGGCUGGAGACGGCCGCGUCGCUGGCGGGCCAGCGGCUGUGCGAGAAGCACCAGGAGCCGCUGAAACUCUUCUGCGAGGAGGACGAGACGCCCGUCUGCGUUAUCUGCAGGGAGUCCCGAGUGCAUAAAGCCCACCCCAUGCUCCCCAUCGAAGAGGCGGCCCAGGAUUACAAGAAAAAGGUUGCCAACCAUGUGAAAGCUUUGAAGGAGAGAAGAAAGGAACUAAAAGAAUCCAAAGAAGAUUUGGAGUGCAGGAGCCAGGCUGAUCAGGAUGAUGUACAAACAGAGAAGCAGAAAGUAGAAUCUGCAUUUAAUCAAAUACAUGAGUUCCUUGACAAAAUCGAGCAAUAUCUGAUUAUCAUGCUGAAAAAAAUUGACAAGGAGAUUGUCCAGAAGAGGGAUGAAGAAGCUACUAAACUCUCAGAAGAGACUGAUCGCAUUGAUGCUUUGAUCAAUGAGGUGGAAGAGAAGUGUCAGCAGCCAGCAAGUGAAUUCUUGCAGGACAUCAGGACCAUCUUGAACAGAUGUAAGAAUGGACAGCUGCCACGAUUGGUGAAUGUUUCCUCUUCUCCGACUGGUCUGGAAAAGCAGCUUGGGCAUUUUAGUCUGAAGAACGUUGUGAUAAAGGAAGCUCUGGAAAAAUGUCAAGUGAUUAUGAACUCUGAAUUGGCAAAAGCAGGAUCAAUGGAAACAUCAGCUAAAAAAGCCAGCAUUACUCUGGACCCCAGCACAGCUCACCCUCUCUGUGUGGUAAGUGAAGAGAAGAGAAGUGUGAGGCGUGGAGACGUGGCCCAGCCGCUGCCCAACAAUCCGGAGAGAUUUGAUGCCACUCUUAUUCUGCUGGGUUGUGAGAGAUUCACCUCGGGAAUUCAUUAUUGGGAGGUGGAAGUUGGGGAUGGGCAAGAUUGGGCACUUGGUGUCGCCAGGGAGUCUGUAGAGCGGAAGGGACCCGUGGUUUGUUGCCCUGAACGAGGGAUAUGGGCUUUGGGGCUCUGUGGGAAUGAAUACAAGGCUUUUACUUCCUCCGAAACUCAGCUAACGUUAAGCGAUGCUCCAGAGAAAAUUCAAGUAUUUGUGCAUUACGAAAGGGGUUGGGUAGCAUUUUUCGAUGCUGAUUAUAUGUCCCUCAUUUUUAUUUUCCGUUCAGUUAAAUUCCACGGGGAGGUAAUCUAUCCUUUCUUUAAAGUGUGGGGACUAAAUACAGAACUGAAAAUGUGUCAGUGAAGUGCUGCCUGCAGUAUGUUGGUCUGCUUUGCAUAUGCGAUACUAGCCAUAUGUCCUUUUGGAAGUUAGUUUCUAAAAGAAGCAGAAUUUCAGUUUUCAGAGAAGAAAGAUCAGGCUGGGAUCUGAUCUUUUUGCUCUGCUUACAAUAUUAACUUCCAUCCAAACAAAGAAAGUUGUAUGCAUAAAAAAGGCUUCAGGAGUUUGCCUCUUCUGUGAAAAGAAGUUUUGCGGAGAUAAAAAUUAGGAUCCAAACCAAAGGUUUCAGAUAUAUAUAAAUAUGAGAAAAUUUGAAACAGUCUUCUGCACUUUUAUUAUUCUUUGGUUGCAGAUGAAAUAUUAAUACAAUAUACUAUGGGGUUUUUUUUGCCAUAUGGGAUUUUCUGGGCCUUAUUAUUUUAAUCCGUUUACUGAACUGUGGAAUGUAUGCCCCUGAUUGCAUGUCAUUCUGAUUGCAGUAGCAUAUAAGCCCCAGUAAUAAAUGAAUAAAUAUAAAUUUAAAAGCAAUACAUUUCUCAAGUAUUCAAUUUUGUAUUACCUGUGCUAAUUAUCUUUCCCCUCAACAUUUAUUUAGAAACACGUCCUCAGCAUUUUGAUCCGUCUUUGUUCCACCUCAGAAUAUUUAAGAUUGUAAUACAUUAACUCUGUUUUUUUUAAAAUUCCGUAUCUUGAAACCAGUCUCUUUCAAGUUAUGCUUGAUUUUAUUUAGCUGAGGUGUUUCUAUUCCACCAUUUAAAGAACUUUUUAACUUGCUGCAAGACAGCUCACAACAUAAAAGCCACGGAAUGGCAGAAAAGGGGAUUGGGAAGAAAGCAGUCAGUUGCUAGCUUCUUUGCUACAAAAAGACAAGCAGGAAUAUAAUCCUAUGAAUGAGAGGAGCCCAAUGCUGCUGCUGUCUUAGUGAACUCAAGUCCAACAGCCUUCCUGUCCUCCAUUUUCUGAUUUGACCCUGAUUGAUUAGUUGCCCAUCUGCUUCCUCAUGAUUUCUUUCCAUACAGCUGUAGUGCCACUUCAGUGUAUUUAGUAUCUUUUUUUCUUUCUGUGGAGGAUGAAAUGGGGGUAUAGAGUAUACAUUGACAACUGAGAUAGGAUGAUUCACUGCUUUCUCUCUCAGUCUUUAUAGGGAAGGGAAGAAAUAGAAAUGCAUGUCUGGUAUUUACCACCAUCACAGCAAAAGAACUGCCUUACAGGAGGACGACAAAGACAGUGAAAUGGGCCUUUAGAGAUGAAGAAAAGAAGGGGGAAAAUGUCAACAAUCCAUGCUAGAAAGUUCUGUCUGUAAAACAGUACAGUCUUCUUUUUUUAAUCAGUGAAUUAUUUUUUUUCUCCCUUUUCAUCAUAACUGUAUCUUUUCAAAGUCUAAAGGGCUCACUGGUUUUGGAAAAAACGUUUCCUUGCAUUGAAUAUAUUUGAUGCAAUAUAGCAGUUUGGAGUAUGAUCCUGCACAUGUUUGCUCAGAAGAAAAGCCUGCUAUGUUAGGGAGGUUCACUGCAAGGUUAUUUAUAUGUAGGGUUGUACCCAUAAUAUGGGUAGCUGUAGCAGUUGAUCAGUUAUCCGUUCUUACUCUUGUAAUAUUUGCAUUUUUAAUUCUUCACUCUCUUUGAAUUCCAUUCUGGAUUCUUUCUCUGUUUUUCCCCUAUCAAUUUGGAUUUGAUUAAGAUUGACUGCACAGAUUCAAGUCAGCCUUUGAAGGAUUGUUUAAAGAUUAGGAAUAUAUUUGUUGGAAAUAUUUAAGCAGCAGCUGCUUAAGUAGCCUGUAUAAAUCUUGCAUUUAAUAGGGGGUUGGACUACAUAUUUGGCAAUCUACUGGGAAAUUUCUGCCUUGCCUGGAAAAGGCUCUCUUAAGACCUUGUGUAGGGGCCUUAUCCUACAUGAUACUCAGAAGAGGGCAAGGAUUGAACCUGGACACUAUAGUAUUUUAUAUAUAUUUUAGUAAAUCAUCAAACAUUUCUCAAUAGUAAUUUAUAUGUAUUGACAGCAAAAUCUUAUCUGCUACUACACAAGGCGUGCGUGGUAGAUUUCGGUUGAACAUUAGGGAAACGUGUUGAUAAAAGCAGUUGAAGAAUAGAGUCUAGUUAUAUAGAGAUGUGAUCAGCAUUUUGUACCUAGAAUCUUCCAGCAAAGGCUAGGCAGCUGUGAAAGGCUAAUUUUAUAUAGUAGCAGAUCAACUAGAUAACCAUCAGGGUCCCAUGAAACUCUGUGGUUCUGAGAUGGUUAUGAACCUGUGCUUAACACCAAGCUACAGGUUUAGCCAGAUUUUUUACAUGGUAGACAGUAGUAAAACUAUCCUGUUUCCAAUAGAAGAGAAUACUAUCCUGUUUCCUUAAUUCAUUAUGCCUGCACCUGAAUGAGCUGCAAAGAGAGAGAGAGAGAAAGAGAAAGCAAGGAAUACUAUUCAAGCAGCCCUUGCCUCAAGCCUAAAUUGAUGUAAUUUUAUGACUUGCUAUAAGAAAGGCAUUGCAAUUUAGACUCAUUGACUAGAAGUGGACAAAAUAUAAGGUAAAGUUUGCUGAAUUAAGAUUGUGGUUGUAAUUCAUCAAUUACUCACUUCAGCUAUAUUGGCAAAGUGGAAGUGACUUUUAACAAAAAUUUUUGGAUUUGUGGGUAAAAAUAUAUAAGGCAGCAUUGUAAAUGAUUUCCAGAUUGCGGCUAUAUUGACGAAUUUUGCAUUUUGUAAGUUGUGGUUCCUUUGUUAAGAGUCCACAGAUUUGUAUAUAUUUUAAUUCCGAAAAAGUUGUGUCAUUGCAUUAAAAUCUAUUUAAAUGAA